GGCAACGGUUUCAGAGAGUGGCUUCGGAGAGAGAGAAAGAUUGGCGGACGAGUUUGGGUUACCGAUCAGAACAAUAAUAUAACUACUCGCUAGAAGCGUGGGAAACGUCAAAACGGCCGUGCUAUUGUUCGCCUAAUCGUGCGGUGCGCGAGAGCUUCGCUUCGGCGGCGCGGACAUCCCGAUACGAUUAUGUAGUGCGUCGAACGCAACAUGAAGACGAUAGAGGGAAAAGUAGUAAUGCUGGGUUCACAAGGUGUUGGUAAAACGAGCUUGAUCGGACGUUAUUUGGGAAAUUUCGAUCAAGCAAGUCCCACGAUAGGAGCGUCUUUCUUCAACUGCAAGAUCAAUUUGGAUAAUGCGAGGAUAAAAUUGCAAGUAUGGGACACGGCUGGCCAAGAGAGAUUUCGCUCCAUGGCGCCGAUGUACUACAGGAACUCCAACGCGGCUAUGUUGGUGUUCGAUCUUACACAGUAUAACACCUUCGCCGCGAUCAAGGGUUGGGUGAAGGAGCUACAACAGAAUGUGGAGGAGACGAUGGUGCUAGCCUUGAUCGGCAACAAGUCAGAUCUGGUGCAACAGCGUCAAGUAGACGGUGAGGAGGGUCGGAAGUACGCCACGUCAAUUGGUGCUACAUAUCAUGAGAUUUCGGUGCUACAAAAUGAGGGAGUAGAAACCGUUUUUCUGGCGAUCGCCACGAGUCUACAGAGAAUGGCGUCGGACAAUAAUGAUGUGAACACUACACUCAAGAUUUCCGAUUCUAACAACUUUCUCAAAAACGACGAUAUACUGCCCUCGCCCUCCGUCGAGGAGAGUCCGCAAAAUACCAGUAUUGCACAUGGCAUACACGAAAAGCCAUUUACCUGCUGCUAAUUCUAGUUUAUUUUUAAAAAAGGCGGCAAUAAUUAGAUGAUAGAUCGCGCCUUACUUAGAAAUUUGCGUCAAAUAGAGUUUACUAGCAAAAUGUAACCGGGUUGUGCACUGUAAAAAAAUUGUGUAAAAUUGCAACUAUGAUAGUGGAUAAUAUUAAGAUCCACUAUAAUGGUUGUAAAUUUUUAUGUGCCUGCAAUUUUAUAUAUAAAAUUUGCAAUCACUUUUACAUUUGCAUUUUACACUUGUGUAUAUACUAUAAACAAAUUUAUUACAAAUUAAAAUUACUCAUACAGUACAAGAUAUUCUAUGAACAUCCUAGAAUAUUCUCUGAAUAUCUAAAAUGUGUUCAUACAAUAUUCUAGGAUGUUCAUAGAAUAUCUUGUGCUGCAUGGAUAUUUUUUCUUGUGUACUGUAAAAUUAUAGACGCGAAAAUUUAUAACUUUAUGGUGGGUCUCAAAGUGAGUCACUAUUAUAGUUGUAAUUUUACACAAAUCUUUUACAGUGUGGAUUUCAUUAGUGAACUACAAAUUUUUAGAUCAUGACGCGCUUUCGUUUUCGAGAUGCAAAAUACAUGCAUGAAGUGUAAAGUGAACGAACAUCUGCUCUAUCAAGCAGCUUUGGUAUUAGUUCGAUUAGUCUAAUCAAAUUUAUAAUGAUAUUUGAUAUAAUUGAUAACAUUCGCAUUGAUUUAGCGCAAGAUUUAAAUCCACGAUAUCGAUAAUGGAAAUGUACAUACACGAAUCAAAUUUUCCAUAAAUGCCUAAUAAAAGUUGAAGUCUAACUAAAAUUAGACAAGUAAAAAAAUCAUAUUUUUGGCGUAUUUAUGUAUAGAUCUCAUAGGGAGCAAAUAAUGCAGUAUGUUAAUUUAACUUGAAAUGAUUAAAGUUAUGGUGACAAGUCAAGAGAUAUAGCAUUCUUUAAGAAACUCUGAAGAACUGCAAACUAUAUUCUAAAUUUUCCAAUUUAAUUAAGUUUUAAGGUAUAAUUCUACUUUGUAACAUGCGUGAUUUAUAUGUGCAAAAAUUAAUUAAUGCACUCAUAUAUAGCGAUCAUGCAGCUUGCCAUUAGAAAAUUAUUUUUCGCAAAUAGCGAAAUAUAUUCCAAUACAGCUAGUUAUUUUACGAUUAAUAUUGUUUUUAUUAUUAUUCAAUUUUUAUAAUUUUAUACAAAACAACAGUAUUUUCUACAUUGGUGCGUGAAUUAUUUACGAAUAAAAUAGAAUAGACUUAUAUAUUACUAAUAUUUUUCUCGAAGAGACUGCUAAACUUUAAGUUCAAACAUUUCUCAUAUGCAGACGACGAAUUAUUUUCGAUACUUCUGGAGGAAAAAUCAACUUUAUUUCUUGUAUAUAUUAUAAUACUUACGUUCACGCGCUUUCGAAGAUUUCUAAAAGAUUUUUAUAUCCAACAAAAAUAAAUAUAUUUGUAAUAAAAAAA